ACACUCAAAGAAGAAGAAUGACUACACAGCGAAAGGAAGAGAGUCUGAAAUCAAGUCUGUUCCAUCUGCAACAUGCACCUCAGAUGUGGAUAUGAGUGGAAACAAGGAUAAGCAAUCAGUGGAGAUUUCUGAAGAGAAGAACAGAAACAUGGAGUAUCAAAAAGAUCUUGAAACGUUGGUUCACAGACUUCACCUUCAAGACAAAGAGAAUUUGUCUCCAGCAGAUUUUCUUAAAAUAGGUCCACCAGUGAAACAGGACCAUGAAACAUCUGAGGAAGAUCUAGCUCAUACUUUUCUUCAGAGGUUGAUGAUGUUAGACUACAGAGCCAGAUAUAUUUCUGUAAUACAAGAUAGUGCUGAGGUGAGCCACUCAACAUCUGUUCCAGAGUCUGAAACUGUUGACACAGAAGACAGUGACUUAGAUGCUCUUUUUAGCAACAACAAUGACUGUGAUCAAUCAGAUCAGACUCAUGUUCAUCCGAUGGACGUUCAAAUAGCAGUAUUUCACUGCUCAGACAGCUUCCUUAAGCAGAACAUGAUGACAAAGCUGUCACAGUGUCAGUACGCCUUACCUUUGCUUGUUCCUAACCCAGUCACACUGGAUGUUGAGUGUCCUCUGUGGACAUUCAGACAAAUAAGAAAAACCUGGAAGACAACUCAAGUCAAGGAUGAUUCAAACAUUGUCACCAUGAAGAGUAUGCCCAUCUGCAAAGCUGAGACACCCAUGGUGUCAUUUUUCCGCCUGGGUUCACUGUCAGUGUCUAAAUCUCAGCUGAUGAACACUUUGAUCAACGAGCGUCACAACACCUUCUUCCACAGAAACUGCCCAGGUAGCACCAGAUCUCGCCUUUUGAUGGAUGGUGUGGCAGAGAUUGCCUGGUACUGUCCAGCUGGAAAACCCAACGAUGCCUUCACUGACUGCACUGCCUUCUGUAAUCUUCAUGGUGAUGCUCUGUCGAUUGAAAAACAGCGUAAGAUACUGACUGAAAAAUCUUCAGUCAAUGUUGUUCUGUUACCAACUCUGAAAAAAGGUGACAAAAGUACUGAAGUUAUCUCAGAUCUUCUGAAGUCUCCAAAGCCUCUGAUUUGUCUCAUUACUGAUAAUGAUCGUGGUGCAGUUCAGAUGAAAAAGGGAAAAUAUAAAAUGGGUCUAAAAGACAGAAGCCAGUCAGAUGUUUCUGAAGAACUGAAAAGGAUCAUUAGAAAGAUCUUGUCUGGAUCACAAACAUCCUUCCAGCUUGAAACCAUGGCCGAGGUCUCUGGGAUCAGAGUGGAUGAAGAAGACACAGUCUGCCAAAAAGGGAAAUCUGCUGCUAUGAAAACAGUGAAUUUACUUCAGGGGAUGAAAGUUUCAGAAAUCAAAGAUAAAUUCCUCCCUUGUCAUGGCCGACUGUGGCAUGAGUGGUGCAGAAUAAAGAAAGAACUGUAUCACCUCAAAGGAAACGUUGAGAAGGACAAAAGUGAAAAGCAACAGGAACUGAUGAAAAUACGAAAAGAACAAUGUGAUGCUUCCUGUAGUGAACUGGUGAAGUUGUUCAUUGAAAGUCUCUCAUCUUUGCCAUCAACAGACAAAGAGUAUUUCCUGAAAUGGACUCAGAUCUUAAUAGACGCCCUCUCCACAGACGAUCUCACGUCAAUUCUCCAAAGCUAUGAUAAGAAGUGGUCUGAGGUCUUGGCUCUGAAGAAGAAACGUGACAAACCUGAUCUGCUAAAAAGAAAACAGACUGAGCUUGAACAAAUAUCAACAAAACUGCAGUCAGCAACUUUUGGCUUGGAGCACAUCUUUAGAGAAAUGGGGCAGAUCUAUGAAGCCCAUAAAUCUCUGCAGAAACAAACAAAGAGGAGUCAGACUGACUGGUCUAAAUACCCUGAGCUGGCUGCAGAGCUGAUGAUAUCAGGAUACCCCAUGGAGCUGAUGGAUGGUGAUGCAGGUCAUGUGCCUUUGACAUGGAUCUCUAGUCUUUUAGAGGAAGUCAUCAAGAGACUGGGUGACCAGAGAGUGUUUGUGUUGUCAGUUUUGGGCUUACAAAGCAGUGGAAAAUCAACAAUGCUGAAUGCCAUGUUUGGGUUACAGUUUGCAGUGAGUGCUGGCAGAUGCACCAAGGGUGCCUUCAUGCAGCUGAUCAAAGUGUCAGAGGAGAUGAAGAGAGACUUUAAGUUUGACUAUGUGCUGGUGGUGGACACUGAAGGACUGCGUGCUCUUGAAUUAGCAGGUAACGCCGCUCUUAACCACGACAAUGAACUGGCAACUUUUGUUGUUGGUCUGGGAAACAUGACAUUGAUCAACAUCUUUGGAGAGAAUCCAGCUGAGAUGCAAGAUGUUCUGCAGAUUGUUGUUCAGGCUUUCAUGAGGAUGAAGAAAGUCAAACUUUCUCCAAGUUGUGUGUUUGUUCACCAGAAUGUGACAGAUAUUUCAGCUGCAGAGAAAAACAUGGAGGGAAAGAGACGCCUGCAAGAAAAACUGGACCAGAUGACCCAACUAGCUGCCAAAGAGGAGGUUUGUAAUGCAAAGUGUUUCAGUGACAUCAUUGCAUUUGAUGUGCAAAAAGAUGUGAAAUAUUUUGCCCAGCUUUGGGAGGGAAGUCCACCUAUGGCUACUCCAAAUCCAAGUUAUAGUGAGAGCGUCCAAGAGCUGAAGAACUUCAUCCUCUCUAAAGCUUCACUGUCUGCUGGGAUUACUCUGUCACAGUUCAAAAGCAAAAUUCACGACCUGUGGAAUGCCCUGUUGAACGAAAACUUUGUUUUCAGUUUCGAAAACACACUUGAAAUUAAAGUGCACAGAAAACUUCAGGUUCAGUACGGAAACUGGACCUGGGCCUUGAGGAGCAACAAGUUGACCAUUGAAAACCAGCUGUACAACACAAUUGAAAAUGGAAAACUUGACAAGGUUGAGCUCAGUUAUCUUUUUAAAGAAAUGAGCCGAACAUAUGGAGAAAUCCAAAAAGAAAUUACAUCUUACUUUGAUGAUGACAGAGACAAAGAAAUGUUGGUUCAGUGGCGAGGCACAUUUGAAAGCAAAAUCAAGGAGUUUCAUGAAGAACAGGUGAGAGGAGUGAAAAGAAAACUGGAUGAAGUUAUCCAGCAGAAGAAGGCUUGUAAAAAGCCUGAUGAUCAGAAGACAGAGUUUGAGAACAAGCUGCUACAGAAGAGCAAAGAGCUCGCUCAUCAGUUAAAACACAAGACACAAGAUGAAGAGGAACUUAAACAGCAGUUUGACUCUGUUUGGAGAGACUGGGUGAGAGAACUAACUACAGAUACAAAACCUAUUGAAGACAUCAACUUGGAGGAAGAUCAGUCAACUAUCCUUCAUGAGCUUGGUUUUGAAUGGGAUCUUAUUGAUGAAUCCAAAACCAGUGGCAGAUACAAAAACAUAUCAGAGGCUGGUGAUUACUCUCAUUAUGUGACACUCGCCAAGUAUCAUGACCACACUGAACGGUUUAUUAACUUUCAUUCAGAAAAGAUCAGAUCCCUGAUUGAUAAUCUUGAAAAACAGUCACUUGAUACAAUCAAGAACAAACCUGUAGCUACAACAGGCUACAGUUCAACUUACUUGCGAGAAGUUGCUAAAAAUGUCAAAGAGAAAGUGACAGAAUUUGAAUCAGAGAGGAAAUUUGCUCUGAAGAAGAAGUUUACAGUUGAUCUCUUACUGUAUGUGUUUGACAUAGCAGGAACUUGGCUUUCAGAGUCCCACAAGAAAUUCAAGAAGAAGAAUGAUGCACGUACUCAUUUAGAAAGCAAAAGGGAUCAGUAUUACAACAUUUUCAGAAGCUUCUGUAAAGGAAACUCUUCUGCUGUUGUACUUGGAGAACUGAUCUGUGAAAAACUGAAGGUUUCCACUGUUGAGGCUGUCUGUAAAAAGACUGCCAUUGAUCUAGCUGGAGAGAUGAGGAGCAGUUUCCCAGCAUUCAAUGGGAACAGACUGAACCUGGAGAAACAUGUGUUGAAGUCGUUGGCAGAGAAAGAGGACUUCAGUGGUUUCAUCACCUACAUCCAUCAACCAAGGAAACAUGUGGAGAAGUUUAUUAAAGAGGAAGUAGAGAAAUAUAUCUUCAUAUCACACAAAGAUAAAGCUCGGGAUAUACUCAAGAAAAAUGUUGAAAACAUGAAACAACAUGUGAGGCAGGCUUUAUUUACUGCAACAGAUAAAGUCAAAACCCAGACAGGAGACACAGACAUGUGGCUGGAGGAAUUUACCAGUUCUCUAAAAGAUCAGUUGACAUUUGAUGCCGUUUGUCCUGAAAACUUCCGAGACAUAAACCAUUUUGAGUUCCUUAAAGAAGAGAUAGAGAAAAGCCUUGAACCCAUCAUGAAGGAGAUGAACAACCUCUCACUGAAUAAGAUGAAUGAGUUCAGACUGAAGCCUGAUCAAAUCCUCGUUGAUCAGCUGUGCAAGUGCUGCUGGGUAACGUGUCCAUUCUGUGCAGCUGUUUGCACCAACACCAUGGAAGAUCACAGUCCUGAAAAGCACUGCGUCCCUUUCCAUCGCCCCGCUGGGAUUAAAGGAUGGCACUAUAGAGACACAGUGGAACUGGUCAUCGAUUUCUGCACAACAAAUGUUGCAAGUGAUGAAAGGUUUAACCCCUGUCACGACUCAAAUAAAAGCAUUCCUUUUAAACAGUACCCAAAUGGUGGGGAUAAGUAUGCUUCAUGGAAAAUCACUCCUGAUGAGUCUAAACUGACAUACUGGAAAUGGUUUGUGUGUCAAUUUCAAAAACAACUGGAAGCACAAUAUAAAUUAAAAUUCCAGGGCAGAGGAGAAAUUCCCAGAAACUGGAGAAAACACAGUAAAGAAGAAGCGAUUAAAAGUCUGGAUGAAAUGUACAAACUGUGAAAAAAUACUUGUAAUAAAUCUACU